CAUAUCUGAAUACGGUGGUAGCCGUCAUUUUUACACCAUAAAAACCCACUGACUUACAUCUUUCAAAUGAACCGUAAAGAAGCAGCUCAGGAACCUUCUCAAAAUGGAGUCUAAAUUUUUCUGUUGCUUCACCUUGAUCAUCACAAGCUACAUAACAGGUGUUACCUCUCUGACUUUGACUUCAUCUGCGAAUCCUCAGGCUGUUGGAGGAAAUGUCACUCUUACUCUAAAUCCUCUGAUGAACAUCACUAUUGGCACUUGGUCCUUUAAUGGGAACUUCAUGUUGAUCUGGUUCCCAAAUCAACUUAGUGUGAAUGAGAAUUACAAAGGGCGAAUAUCUUUUAACUUGUCCACAAAUCAGAUCACUCUGUAUUCAGUACAAGUGAGUGAUUCCGGACUGUAUAAACUGCAAGGCAUGGAGCCAAAUUUAAAUGUGGAACUUACACAGUCUGUCCAGGUGCCAAUCACAAAUGUGUCUCUGACAGUAAGUAAGACAAAUCUGGUGGAGUUUAAUGGCAGUGUCGUGUUCACCUGCACAGGCAGUGGCACACUGUUAGCGAUCACAUGGUAUAAUGAUAGCUCUGUGGUCACCGCAGCCAAUAAUCAAGUAUAUAUUAAUGGAAGUAGUCUCAUUAUUAGCAAUGUAACAAGAUACGACAGUGGGCCUUUCCGCUGUUCUGUGGCGAAUGGCAUCAGUAAUGGAACAAGCAGGUCAAUUUCCCUUGAUGUCAGCUAUGGUCCCUUGUCCACUAGGAUUUCUGGCCCAGCCAUAGCAGAAGUAGGUUCUAAUGUGACACUAAAUUGCUCUGCUUCCUCUCAACCUGCCAGUCAAUACAGCUGGUUUUUCCAAGGUUCUAAAGUGGCAGAGGGCUCUGUGUAUCAGGGUUACUCUCUUUCACUAAACAGCAGUGGAGAAUACACUUGCCUAGCCCACAAUAAUAUCACAGGAGGAAACAGCAGUGCUACAUGGAACUUAACUGUCAUUGUGGGUAUUUCCUCAGUGGUGGUGACUCCCAGUACUCUCAGCCCUCUGGCCUCUAAGGAUAUGCAGCUCUUCUGUAAUGUGACUGGCUCCUUUAACACCAUCCAGUGGCUAAAAGACAACCAGCCUUUAAAUACUGCAGCCACAAAAUCCAUGUACAUAAAUGGCACCACUGUAGAUUUCCAGCCUCUGCAGAUCACUGACGAUGGAUCAUAUACGUGUGUUGCCACAAAUGCUUUUCGACCACAUGUUAGCCUGCCGUUUAUUCUAAUAGUUAAUUAUGGGCCAGUGGAUGUGACUAUAACAGCUGACAUCAAGGCUGCCACUAUCUUAAUGUGCAAUGCAAAGUCUCAGCCACCAAGUGUUUACCACUGGCUGUUCAACAACACUGUCAUUAAAGAGGAUGCUAUUUUAAUUUUACCUCUAAUGCCUCCUCUGGGUUAUAAUUACACCUGUGUGGCCAUAAACCCUCUGACCAACGACACACUGUCUACUUCCUAUGUUAUUUCAGAACGUAAUGCAGCAGCCCCUCUUCAGACUAGCAUGUUGCUGACUGCCUUGUGUGCUCUAGUUCUUUUAUUAAUGUUGAUGAAGCCCUUCUGAGCUGCUAACUGAAGCCUGCUAACUGACAUGCGAAUCUACUGUAUUGUGCAUUCCCCUCUGCACCUUACUUACUAAGUCUAGCACAUUACUUUUUAUUAUCCACACUACCAUUCUGAGGCCUAGAAUAAAGCCAGAUAUUUAAAUAUGUUUUAGUGAAGCAGGAUAAUAAUAAGCAUGUUGAACUUUGAAUUCCUGAACAAGUCACACAUUAUCUUUCAUCAUGCAGUGAGCUCUUGGGUAUGAUGGUUGUUUCAUUAGAGCCAUAAAUAAUGACAGGCAACUGGAUGACUAAGCGCUGUUUUCCUAGAAAAUUCUCAUUGACUCCACAUACAAAAAUGUAGAGAUCUGGGUGCCAAAAGGACAAGUCUCUGCCUAUUCACAUCUCAGUUUAUUGCAAUGCAAAUCAACCAUCAACCAUGUCCUGCUAUUACCUCUGUCAGUAAUGCACAUUAAUUUUGUCAGGACAGGAAUGAUGUCAGAAUGAUCAUUGAUUACACAAAUUCUCAUUUUUUUCUAAUUAUCAUUAUUUGCUGCCAUGUUUACAAAUUAUACUAGCUCUACUUGUUAGACUAUUUUCUUACAUUUUAUAGAUAAUUAAUUCACUAGAUUCACUAAAUCACUAUCAUGUUCUUCUUCAAAUCUUUAAAAUUCCUCAUUAUAUACCCCUCAUACUAAUAUUGAUACUUUAUUUACUGCUACUUUUUAACAAACAUGUAUCAUGCAAACUUUUAUUUAAAAUACUUUUCGUUUUGGUUAAUUGAAGAUAAUCCACAGAGACUGAAUGAUACUGAUUUAUAAGUUUUAAUGAGAUUUGACUGGAUUACACUGUAAUAAAGCACAGCUAAUGCAUAAUUUUAUAACAAAAAUAUCAUCAGAAGGCACUUUGUGAAACUUGUAUCUAUAUUCUACAAGCAAUCUGUAUACCGGUACAUUUUUAUGCUAUAAUAUAUGAAAUAAAUGAUUUAUGGUAUUAA